AUGGGUGCUCAAGUGGUGACUAGCACACACAGCGUGUCAUCAACAUCGGCAGAUAAUACCGAGGAGGUCCCUGGGCAUGGCCCCAAAUCCACCGCCAGCUUCAGGAACUAUCUGCGUGUCUUUACCUAUGCAAAACGAUGGGAUAAUCUGGUUCUUGUCACUGGAAUGCUUGCUGCAAUAGGCGCCGGGAUCACCCAACCCCUCAUGCUCAUCAUUUUUGGCAAAGUUGUCGGGCAGUUCACAGGGGUGAUAACUGGAAGUGGAAGUGCGGACCACGCAGGAACCGAACAUACACUUAAUCGGCUAUGCCUUUUCGUGUUUGCCCUGUUCACCGCCCGCUUUGGCCUCGCUUCGAUCCACAAGUUCGCCUUCCGCAUGGUCAGUAUUUCACUAUCGGCUGCGAUACGAACUCAUUACCUUGAGCAUCUCUUCCAUCAGAGCAUGCAUGUGCUGGACUCGCUACCACCGGGCCAUGCUGUGGGCACGAUAACGAGCAGCAGCAACACCCUGCAGGGUGGUCUCUCCGAGAAACUCGCGAUCUUCAUUGAAAGCACCACCCUCAUUAUUGCCUCCUUUGUCGUUGCCUUGAUGUGGAGCUGGGAGCUCUCCCUGGUAACCAUAGCAGGCUUUGUGGCGACCAUCCUCGGAGUCGGUCCCUUGGUCCGACUCACAGCCAAGAGCCGGGCUAACCUGACCCAUCUGGAAGGACAGGCUGCCAGUAUCGCUAGUGAAAGCUUUGCCGGCAUCCGCAUGGUCAUGGCCUGCGGCGCACAGCGGCAGACGGUUGACAAGUACGGUGCUUUUGUCGAACAGGCCAAGGAGCAAGCGGUGGCGCUGAAUCCGCUCACCUCGCUCCAAUUCUCUUUAACAUUUUUCGGUGUCUUCGGGACCAUUGCUUUGACAUUUUGGUAUGGAACUCUGAUCUUUACGAGAGGCAGGCUGGACAGCGUUGGCGUGAUCACCGUGGUUCUCAUGAACCUGACCACUAUCUUCUUCUCUCUCGAUCGGGUUUCCUCUCCAAUACAGGCGAUAACUAAAGCGUCCCUCACAGCAUCGGAGUUCUUUUUCAUCAUCGACACGCCCGUCCCCCCGAAGGGUUUUUUGAAGUCACCAGACGUUAAAGCAACAGAUGAUAUUGUCUUUGAGAAGGUCUCUUUCGCCUAUCCAAGCAGACCCAGUCUCAAGAUCCUCGACCAGCUUGACCUCCGGAUUGAGGCUGGCAAGAUCACCGCCAUUGUGGGCCCCUCGGGCUCGGGCAAAAGCACCAUCGUCGGUCUGAUUGAGCAUUGGUACUCCUUGACACAGCCUCAUGCUAUGACUACCAGAUCAACCCCGCAGGAAGGAAGUGAUUCCGCAAAUCUGGCUGGCUUGGACCACCAUGUGUCAAGUUGUCCAGUCAAGCUCCAAGGCACCAUCACAACAAGUGGUUACUCACUGGACGACAUCGACGUGUCCUGGUGGCGCUCCAAGAUUGGCCUCGUCCAGCAGGAGCCGUUCUUGUUCAAUGAUAGCAUCUACGGGAAUGUGGUUCGCGGACUGGUCGGAACACCCUGGGAGGGAGACUCCGAAGAGCGCAAGCGAGAACGUGUCCAGGAAGCCUGUCAAGAAGCGUAUGCCGAUGAGUUUAUCAACAGACUCCCCCUGGGGUAUGAUACCAACGUUGGCGAUGGCGGCGCUCGACUCUCCGGGGGUCAACGCCAACGGCUAGCCAUUGCUCGGGCUAUCGUCAAAAGGCCUGACAUUCUCAUCCUCGACGAAGCCACCAGCGCCAUUGAUGUCAGCGGUGAGCGAAUUGUCCAGGCAGCGCUCGACAAGGCAGCUCAACACCGGACGACUAUCGUCAUUGCACAUCGGCUGUCCACAAUCAGGAAUGCAGAUCAGACCGUGGUCCUUAAGAAGGGCAAGGUGGUGGAAUCAGGGACCCAUCAGAGCCUAGUCGCUAUGGAUGGAGGGUUCUAUCGUGGUCUUGUUGAUGCGCAGGCAAUAUCACUUGGGGAUUCUACCCGGAGUGUUCUCACGAAUGACUUUGACUUGGCAAGUGUUGACACUCUGAGCCGUGAAGCGAUCCCCAAAGAGCCUAAGCAUUGCGAUGACCAGGCUUCAAAUGCAUGGAGCAAGAAUAAGACAGAUCGCGGGAUCGUCGGGUGCUUUUUCCUAUUAUUCCUCGAGUCACGGGCAUAUUGGAGUAUUAUGGUCUGUGGCAUUCUGGCCUCAGCUGCAGCCGGAACAGCACAGCCUCUUUAUGCAUGGAUGUUUGCGAGGUCCAUCGAUAUGUUCAAGUGGCAAAGCAACCAUACCAAGCUUAUGGACGAGGCAGAUCUUAUGGGGGCUAUGUGGACCGUUUUUGCCGCCUCGGCGGGGGCUGUCUACUUCGUAACCUUUGUCUGCUCUGGACGCGUUGCGUCGCUGAUCCGGGCCAAGUAUCAGACGCAAUAUUUCGGAUCCAUCCUUUAUCAACGAGCGGGGUACUUCGAGAACGAGGGCCACUCUCUCGGUACCUUAACCGCCCGCGUUCGAGAUGACCCCGUAAAGCUCGAGGACAUGAUGGGGAUCAACAUUGCCCAACUCGCCAUCGCCUUGUUCAACAUCGUGGGCGGUCUCAUCAUCGCCCUUGCGUAUGGUUGGAAGCUCGCAUUAGUCUCCAUGUGUGCAGUGACUCCGCUCUGCGUCUUCUCGGGCUACAUUCGCUUCCGAUAUGAGCUUCAGUUCGAGAGCCUCAACGAUGCCGUCUUCGCAGAGAGCUCUCAGUUCGCGUCGGAGGCGAUUGGAGCCUUCCGCACGGUCACAUCGUUGACGCUCGAGCGGUCCAUCAUAGAUCGCUUUGAACGGCUAUGCCAGGGUCAUGUCAAUGCGGCGUACAAGAAAGCUCGCUGGGUCAGCAUCGUUCUGGGAUUCUCCGAAAGCGUCAAUCUGGGCUGUCAGGCUCUCAUAUUCUACUACGGCGGCCACCUCUUCCUCCGCGGAGAAAUCGGGACCAGCCUGAGCUUCGGUCCCAAUGCUGCCCAGGCAGCCGCCGCAUCGGGCCGGAUGUUGGAGGCACGAGCGACCAGCGUGGUCGAGUCUCCGCUGCAAGGCAAUAUCCCCGUGCAGUCGGCCGGGGUCGCGAUUGAGCUACGCGACGUCUACCUGCGGUAUCCGGGCCAAGAGAGCCCGGUCCUCAAUGGGCUGAAUAUGACGAUCGAGGCAGGACAGUUUGCAGCCAUCGUCGGCGCAUCGGGCUGCGGCAAGACGAGCAUCAUAUCCCUGCUCGAGCGGUUCCACGAGCCCGAGAAGGGGCAAGUCCUCUUCAACGGGCAGGAUAUCUCCCAGGUCGACAUCUACGCGUAUCGCAAGCACCUGUCCCUGGUUGCCCAAGAACCGAUACUCUUUCAAGGCACGAUCCGGGAGAACAUCCUGCUUGGUGUCGACUCGAGCGCCAUCACAGACGAUCAACUCCAGACCGCCAGUCGUGACGCAUUGAUCCACAACUUCAUCAUGUCUCUCCCCGAGGGCUACAGCACCAACAUCGGGUCCCGCGGUGUUGCUCUCUCCGGCGGGCAGAAGCAGCGCCUGGCCAUCGCUCGAGCCCUAAUCCGCAAUCCCCGGCUGCUUCUGCUCGACGAAGCGACCAGCGCUCUCGACUCGGAGAGCGAGCGAUUUGUCCAAGCCGCCUUCGAGCGAGCAGGAAAGGGAAGAACCAUGAUUGCCGUGGCACAUCGUUUGGCGACCGUGCAGAAUGCAGACAUCAUCUUUGUGCUGGGGGAGGGUGGUCGGCUGUUAGAAAAGGGCAGCCAUCUGGAGCUGCUCCGGAAAAGAGGCGUAUAUUAUCAAAUGUGUCAGAACCAGGCUUUUGAUCAAUAG